UAUAGAAUCAAAUAUAUAGUACGCGUUAUAGAAUUUGUGCGUAUAUUUGAAUUAGAUGCAUUUAGAUUUUUGAAUAAUCGUGUGUCAACAAUAAAUGAUAUUUAUGUAUGAUCUCUCGAAUGUAUGGCAUCGAGUUUGCAUGUACGAAUAAAAUUAAUAAAUAUAUAAUUUAGCACUCGAUUUAAAAAUAUUACGCGGGAAAUGUAACCAAUUGUGAUUACUCAGUGUAAAUAAUUUCUAAGUGAUUUGUAAUUGUACGAUUUUUUUAGUUAGAUACGAGAAAAAGUUCCUGUUUUCUUUUUUUUUUUUUUUUUUUGAUUUUUUUUUCCGUCAUUUAUAUCUAUCAUCUUUCUUGAAUUUACAUGAAAAAAGAAACAAAUGGCUCCAAAGUAAGGUUAUGUUCGUUUCACGUUUGGCAGCAUAACGAAUGAAUUAAAUGUUUCUAAACAUCGUAUUUACUAUUUUUAUAUUAUCUUAUCUUCCUACGAUAGAUAUUGAGUAAACAAGAAGAUAAUAUUUAUAUGAAAGUAUAUCUUAUACGAUAUAUAUAUAUAUAUAUAUAUGAACAUUAUACAAUAUUAAAAAUAAGAGAAAGAAGAAAAUCAUGAGAUUUUAAGAGUUAAAAUUAAUAUUUUCAAAAUGAUUAUUAAAUUUGAAAAAGUAAUAAAUUGUUCCUCGGAACAUCCUUCUUAUCCCGCUACUAAUUUAUUGGAUCAUCGUAAAAAUACAUCAUGGAGAUGCGCUAAGCCUGGAGAGAUGUUAGCAACUGUUAUUUUUCAAUUGACUGAACCUUCUAUAAUAACAGGUGUUGAUAUUGGUAAUUAUCGUUCUUGCAUUGUUAUUGUCACUGCAUCAACGUCAUUAGAACCUGACACCUGGAUACCUAUCGUACAACAUCAGUUUAUGACAAACGAUGAGGCUGCUAAUGGUAAAUUUAAAGAUCAAGUUCAAUUAUUUGCAAAAAGAGAUUUAAAUCCUGAUAUAUUGAAGAUAAAAUUUGAUCGGAUUAAAGUUACAUGUAUGCAAUCUGCAAACUUAAAGGAAUUGUUUGGUCUAAUGUUCUUCAUAGCAAAGACAGAAGUAUCAGUGGAUUUAGGUCUUGAUGUUUUUGGUCGUUUUAAAUUAAAACAAAAAGAUGAAAACAAUGAGAAACCAGAGAUAGACGAAUUUAAAGAGAAAUAUCUCAAGAUGAUAGCCAAUAAGAGAACAAAAGUAGAUCCUAAAAAUGAUUUACUUAAAAAGGUAAAAGAAAGUGGUAUGUCAGCUUUUACUAAACGCCAAGAAGAUGAGAAGGAACCAAUGAGAAGGCCCUUGUUAGAAAAAUUGGAAGCCGGAAAAAGUGAUGAAGUAUUUGGAAAUCAAAACAAAGUUUCUAAUAAUAAUGUAAAUAAAAAUACAUUCACUACUGAUAUAGCAAUAGCUAAUGCUACAGGAAUAAAGGAUAAACAAAAUGAAAAUGUUAAACGUACUCCAUUUGGUGAUAUAGUGCCAUCUCCGAUUCAAAAGAAAGAUAAAAAUCAUUUAAAAAAUGAUAAUUAUAAUAACGUUGAGUCAAGAAAACGUUCUUUGACUAUUGAGGAGAAAGAUGAAAAUAAAAAAAUUAAAAAAGAAUGUCCAAAAUGUUGUAAAGAAUCAGAAGACAGGACGUGUUCAACGUGUGGACGUUUGCCACAGCCUAAACCACUUCCUUCUCCCAUUAAUGUUAAAAAGAAUAAAUCAAAGAAAUUAUUUUCACAACUCUUUCAAGAUAUUAGUUUUUCUCUUAGCGGAUAUGUUAAUCCACAAAGAGAUGAAGUCAGAAGGAAAGCACUUAAAAUGGGUGCCAGAUAUAUUGCUAAUCCAGAUACUUCUAAUAAUGUAUGUACUCAUUUGAUUUGUGCCUUUAAGAAUACUCCAAAAUAUCAACAAUUAAAGAAUCAUUGUAAAAUUGUAUCGCAUACAUUCAUUGAAGAUUGUUAUAAUGAGAGAAAAAGAUUGCCAUGGAGACGAUAUGCCUUGGAUAACAAAGAAAAAAAGAAAGCUGAAAGUGAAGAUGAAAUUGAAGCUGAUAUAUCUCGCGAAGGGACACCUAAUCCAUUCGAAGAAGAUACAGAUUCUGAGACUUAUUAUUAAUUUAACAAAAUAAUCUUUUUUUUUUUUUUUUUUUUUUUUUUU